AUGGCCACCGCAGAGGCAUCCUCCUCAACUCCGAAGCCGGCAUACGACGAUGAGAAGCUCGCCGCGCUCAAGGAGUACCGUAACAAAGUCAACGAGCAUAGCAAGCUCUCGGAGAACCUCAAGAAGGUGCGACUGAACAUCCGCACGCUUUCUUCCGACUAUGACAAGACCGAGGACGACAUGAAGGCGCUGCAGAGCGUGGGACAGAUCAUCGGCGAGGUGUUGAAGCAGCUGGACGACGAGCGGUUCAUUGUCAAGGCGUCGAGCGGACCGCGCUACGUCGUCUCGUAUCGCCCAACGCUGCCUGUGGAGAAGCUGAAGGCCGGAGUUCGUGUGUCGCUCGAUAUGACGACGCUCACGAUUAUGCGCAUUCUGCCGCGCGAGGUCGACCCGAUGGUGUACAACAUGUCGCUCGAGGAUCCUGGAGCUGUGUCGUUUGCCGGAAUCGGCGGUCUCGGCGAGCAGGUGCGCGAGCUGCGUGAGGUGAUCGAGCUCCCGCUCAUGAACCCGGAGCUGUUCGAGCGUGUCGGCAUCAAGCCGCCGAAGGGAGUGUUGCUCUACGGCCCGCCGGGAACGGGCAAGACUCUCCUCGCGCGUGCCGUCGCCGCGACGCUCAACACCAACUUCCUCAAGGUCGUCUCCUCGGCCAUCGUCGACAAGUACAUCGGCGAAAGCGCGCGUCUCGUGCGUGAAAUGUUCGCGUACGCCCGCGAGCACGAGCCCUGCAUCAUCUUCAUGGACGAGAUUGACGCCAUUGGCGGCCGCCGCUUCUCAGAGGGAACUAGUGCCGACCGUGAGAUCCAGCGCACCCUGAUGGAGCUCCUGAACCAGAUGGACGGCUUCGACUCGCUCGGCCGCACAAAGCUCAUCAUGGCCACGAACCGCCCCGACACGCUCGACCCCGCCCUCCUCCGUCCCGGACGUCUUGACAGGAAGAUUGAGAUUCCCCUCCCGAACGAGCAGGGACGACUCGAGAUUCUCAAGAUCCACGCCAAGGGUAUCAACAAGUCAGGCGACAUUGACUACGAGGCCGUCGUCAAGCUCUCGGACGGAUUCAACGGAGCAGACCUCCGCAACAUCUGUACCGAGGCGGGUAUGUUUGCCAUUCGUAACGAGCGAGACGCCAUCAUCCAGGAGGACCUCAUGAAGGCCGUCCGCAAGAUCAAGGACGUCAAGAAGCACGAGACCGCGAUGGACUACGAGGCGGUUUAA